AUGGCCACCACCAAAGAGACGCUGGAAGUCACCACCACCCCCUCCCGCUUGGGCUCGGGAGAAGGUGCUGUCAGCUCCUGGUGUUUUGAGGGCAUUUGUGGGCAAACUGCCCUGAGGAACAAAAGGUCAGGAGAGUCUCACGGUGGAGGCCGUCUGGUGGUGAGCCCCUGGGGAGGCUGCUCCGGAGCAGAGAGCCAGGCACAGGGCAGAGGUGUGCCUGGUCGGCGGCAGUCCCCGGAGGCACAGUAUGUGUCCAGCCGCCGUGCCGUCACUCAGAGUGUGCCAGAGCAAGGCAGCUUCCCCCCUCACCACCUCACCCACCACCACCGCCACCACCGCCCCCACCAUCACCUCCGCCACCACACCCGCCCCCACCACCUCCACCACCAGGAGACAGGGCUGCACACUGCCCAGGUGACGCCCUGCAUAUGCCCCUUGUUCUCCUGCCAGUGGGAAGGCCACCUGGAGGUGGUGGUGCCCCACCUGCGGCAGAUGCACAGGGUUGACAUCCUGCAGGGAGCUGAGAUAGUCUUCCUGGCCACGGACAUGCACCUCCCAGCGCCAGCCGACUGGAUCAUCAUGCACUCCUGCCUCGGCCACCACUUUCUGCUGGUGCUUAGGAAACAGGAGAGGCACGAGGGGCACCCCCAGUUCUUCGCCACCAUGAUGCUGAUCGGGACCCCAACCCAGGCCGACUGCUUCACCUACCGCCUGGAGCUCAACAGAAACCAUCGGCGUCUCAAAUGGGAGGCUACUCCCCGGUCUGUCCUUGAGUGCGUGGACUCGGUGAUCACCGAUGGGGACUGCCUCGUCCUCAACACCUCGCUGGCCCAGCUCUUCUCCGACAAUGGCAGCCUCGCCAUCGGAAUCGCCAUCACUGCCACAGAGGUCUGCUCUUCAGAAGCUGAGAUGUGA